AUGGCCCACGGCUCGCUGGCAGCAGACGACCCCAAGGGGCAGCUGAGAGAGCUGCAGGCGGCAGCCGAUGCCCUGCAAGCCUCCGCCCUGCAGAGCCAGCAGGCGGUGGCGGCGACGCAGCAGCGCACUGCCCAGCUGGGAGCGCAGGUUGUGCUGGUAUCCGCCUACCUCCGCCGCCUGCAGCGCCUGGCCGCCCUGCUCCACCAGUACGACGCGCACCUGCGGCAGGCGGCGGCGGGGCUGGGCCUGGCAGCAGCGCAGGGCGCCCAGGAGCAGGCGACAGACACAGAACAGGCGACAGACACAGAACGCCUGCAGUCAUCCUUGAGGGGGCUGGAACAAGUGGAGGCGGCGCUCUCGGCAGCGGCGCUGGGCGGCGGCGCCGCCUCUGAGGCGGGGCCAGGCCCAGCUGCGGAGGUCCUGCUGGAGCUCGGCCGCCUGUGCGCACCCAUGAGGGCACACCUGACAGCGGCGGGGGCUGGCGCCGUCCUCGAGGCGCUGCAAGGCUGUGUGCAGGCUGAUGUUGAUGCUGUAGACAACUGGCCGGCGGCUGCGGUGCCACCCAGCGCCGGCGCCGGCCCCGCGGCCUCGCCCCUGGGCGCCGCCUUCGGCCGGCUGCAGCAGGAGCAGAAGGAGCGGUGGCGCGCGUCGGCGGCGCGGCAGCAGCAGCUGGAGCAGCUGCGGGGCGAGGUGGCGGCGGCGGCGCAGGCCCUGGCCGGCGCCAGCCCUGCGUCCGGCGACGGCGCAGAGCAGGCCCGCACGCGGCUGGCGGCGCAGCAGGCGGGGCUGCGCGCGGGGCUGGCCUGCCUGGAGGGCGCCCGGCGGCGUGCGGAGGAUGCAGAUGACGUGGCAGCGCAGCGUGCACAGCAGGUGACCGGCCAGCGGGAGGAGCUAGUGGCUUUGGAGCGGCGGGAGGCGGCGCUGGAUGCCGCGGUGCGUGCCCUGUGUGUGGCGGACAGCCGGGUGAUGCGGCAGUGGCGGCAGGGCGCGUGGCGGGCGGCAGAGCACGUGGAGGCGCACCUCCUGCCCCGGCGCCAGCCUCUGCUGGACCUGGCCGAGCGGCUGCUGGAUGUGCAGCGGCGAGAGCUGGCGGCCUUCCGCAGCAGCGCCACGGCGGCGGCGGCGGCGGGUGCAGGCAAGGAGCAGGCGGGCUCGGCAGCGGCGUGUGGAGGUGGCAGCGGUGGCGGCUGGCGCGGCGCCGCGACCGCCGGUGCGGCAGCUGCCGCGCAGCUGCUGGACCCGCUGGCUCACCUCAAGGACGGCGGCCAUGCGGCAGCGCUGGUGCAGGCAGCGACCGCCGAGCUGCAGCAGCUGCAGCCGGUGCGUGAGCAGUGGGCUGCGCUGGCGGCCGGCAGCGCCGCCCAGCUGGCAGAGCUGCAGGCGGCGGCGGCGCAGCUGCAGGCGCAGGCGCAGGCGCUGCAGCAGGACGGCGGCUCCGCCCCGCUGGCGCAGCUGCGCGAGGCGGCGGCGGCGGCCAAGGAGGGCGCCGCGCUGGUGGGGCGGGUGCGGCAGGCGCUGAGCGAGUGGUGGACGUCGCCCGCGGUGGCCGCCACGCCCUGGCUCAAACGUGAGAUUGAGGGGCGCUGGGGAUGUGGGCUGGCGCUGGUGGGGCUGCUGGUGGGGCAGAGGGCGGCCUGCCUGGGCGAGGGCAAGACGGCCGACGAGUGGCUGCGCUUCCUGGGCGACCAGCAGCGGGCGCUGAGGCAGCGGGAGGCCUUCACGGGGCGAGACCUCAGCAACAGCCGCCGCUGA